AUGUUGUUGUUGCUGUUGUUGAAAGUGUUGUUGCUGUUGUUGUUGUUGUUUGCUUGUUUGUUGUCGUUGAUGAUGAUACUGGGCAAGAACCCGCUGGAGUGCAACUGCCAAACCACCUGGCUGAAGGACUUUUACGACAGCAAGCCCAACCUCUUCAAAGGAGCAGAUCCGCCAUCUUGUAAAUAUCCAUCCACCAUUUCCGGUCAAACGUUUGAGAAAUUAUCGCGGGAGGAUUUUGCUUGCCAGCCUCCGUCGUUCAAGAACAUCGACGCCAUAUUUGAUAGCGAGACUGCGAAACUGAUGUGUUCUGCCAGCGGCGUGCCUGCCCCCUCCCUCUUCUGGGUUCUCCCCUCUGGGCAGGCCUUUCGGUACGAGUUGCCAUCUAUCGAGAGAAAUUAUUUGUCGUCGGUGGGGGGUGUGGAGUCUAUGAAGUACUCCCUGCUGGAGGGCAAUUCCAACCUGGCCGUGUUGAAUCUCAUGAUGAAGGGAGCAGCUGGUAAUUUGUCGUCGGCGUCGGCAUCAUCAUCGUCGCUGCCAUCGUCGUUGUCAUCAUCUUCGUCGUCAUCUUCCUCAUCAUGGAACCAUCGCGUGGCGACCCUAACGAACGGAAUGUACGUUUGUGUGGCCAGCAACGCAGCUGGCAACGUCACUCUCAUGGUGAACGUGUCGUGGCCACUGAAAGACAGACAUCACCAGCAUCAUCGCCAUCACCAUCAUCACCACGUUCACUCCCGACAUCCCUCCGAUAAUAAAAAAGCUAACGACAUAAAUGAUGACGAUGACUACAAAAGGCGCGAUUACGAUGAUGAGGACGACGAUUAUGACGACGACGAUGACGAAGAUGACAGCAACCACCGUAAGUUCAACUCACACCAGCCACAUCGCUACGCCACAACCACACAUCGCGCGCACACUGGCUUCAGACGCCACCAUAAAAACAGAGACAGAGAGGAGAAAAAACAUAUUAUCAGCAGCAGCAGCAACAACAACAAUAAUAACGUCAUCGUUAAUAAUAAAAAUAACAAUCACAAGAAAGAUAGCAGCGAGAAACCAGCCACUCACAACAACAACAUCGACGAAAACCAUUCCUUCCUCAUCAACUCUCCUCCCGCCAGCAGCCACGACGACCACAACCUUGACCUCAUGCUAUCUUCCUCGUCGUCUUCUUCAUCAUUACCGCACACACGAGAGGGAAUUUUCACACUAGCCGAAAUGGUGGUAGCCGUAAUAGCCACACACUUGCUGACAGUUGCUCUCGUUCUGUGCCUGCUCUUUGUCAGGAAUGCGGUCUUGAAAUCAAGAAGACAGAAAGGCCGCUAUGUUGACGAGCCUGGCAUGAAUGUACCUGCCAACAGCAGUGGCAGCAGUGGUGGGGGCAGCAGAAACCUCAUGGGUCCACUCAUCAACGCUGGCCAGCAAAACAUGAAGGACAGCUUGCGAAAUUCAGAUCCAACUUACGACAAGGUUGGUCAUGUGAUGUACCCCACAGAUGUCUACAGCAACUCAUCAGUGGCCCAGUAUUCAACGAGAUAUGUCGUACAACGGUGA